UCACGAGGAGGCGUAUAGACAAAACCAAUUUUUUUUUUUUUUGUCGGUUUCCAAGGGUUUUUGUUUAGGGUUUUCAGUUUCUUUUUUCCCUAUCAAUCUGCAGUAUACCUAAUCCUCUGUUUCUCCACAUUAAAAAAAAAAGGACCCUUGAAAUUGAGAGAGGAAUUAGUUAGUGAUAAUGGGUUCGUUGAAGGAUGGUCAAAGAAGAGACAUGGAGGAAGAAGAAGAUGAAUCGAAAGAGCCGCUUUUGAUGGCGCAGAACCAGAGGUUUACUAUGUUUCCCGUUAGGUACAAAUCGAUUUGGGAGAUGUAUAAGAAGGCUGAGGCUAGUUUCUGGACUGCUGAAGAGGUUGAUCUUUCAACUGAUGUGCAACAAUGGGAAGCCUUGUCGGUAUCGGAGAAACACUUUAUUAGUCAUGUUCUGGCGUUUUUCGCAGCAUCAGAUGGGAUUGUUUUGGAGAAUUUGGCUGCUAGAUUCUUGAAUGAUGUCCAAGUUCCGGAGGCUCGCGCUUUCUAUGGUUUUCAAAUCGCCAUGGAGAAUAUUCAUUCGGAGAUGUACAGCUUACUUCUGGAGACAUAUAUAAAGGAUCCAAAGGAGAAGGAUAGAUUGUUCAAUGCUAUUGAGACCAUUCCUUGUAUUUCCAAGAAGGCACAAUGGUGUUUAGAUUGGAUUCAAAGUCCUAUGUCAUUUGCUGUGAGACUGGUUGCGUUUGCAUGUGUAGAAGGAAUAUUCUUCUCAGGAAGCUUCUGUGCCAUCUUCUGGCUUAAGAAGAGGGGUCUUAUGCCUGGUUUGACCUUCUCAAACGAGCUUAUAUCGAGAGACGAGGGGCUCCACUGUGACUUUGCUUGUCUCUUGUACAGUUUGAUGCAAAAGCAGCUUCCGUUGGAGAAAGUUUAUCAGAUUGUUCAUGAGGCAGUAGAAAUCGAGACAGAGUUUGUCUGCAAGGCUCUUCCAUGUGAUCUGAUGUUACCUUGGGGUGUGAAAGGAGAUACAAAGCAGAAAACCCAUUUGACUGGAUGGAGUUCAUAUCUCUGCAAGGGAAGACAAACUUCUUUGAGAAGAGAGUAGGAGAGUAUCAGAAGGCAUCGGUUAUGUCGAACCUCCAAAAUGGAAGUAAGAACUACGAAUUCACAACUGAGGAGGACUUUUGAAUGAAUCAGCCAUUGAAUCUCAUCUGGAAGGGCUCAUCAAGUUAGAUUAUUUAUGGAGUCACUCUCAUUCUUUGUAGCCCAAAACCAGAGUAGUAGUAGUAAUAGAAGAGGCCAUAUAUUCAUAUUAGUUACAUAUGUUUUGGCUUCACUUAGCAAUGGAUGUUUUUUUUUUUUU